GGGGAAGCACCAUAUCCCUGUGAUAUCUGUGGGAAAUCAUUGUCUGACAGGGAUAGCUUAGUUCAACAUAAAUGUAUUCAAACAGGGGAGAAACCACAUCACUGUGAUAUCUGUGGUAAAUCAUUCUCUAAUGGCAGUAACUUAACUCAACACAAACACAUUCAUACAGGUGAGGAACCAUAUCGCUGUGAGAUCUGUGGUAAAUCAUUCUCUGAUGGUAGUAACUUCACUGCACACAAACUAAUUCAUACAGGUGAGCAACCAUAUCACUGUGAUAUCUGUGGCAAAUCAUUCAGUCAGGCAGGUAACUUAACUACACACAAACGUAUUCAUACAGGGGAGAAACCAUAUCACUGUGAUAUCUGUGGUAAAUCAUUCUCUGAUGGCAGUAGCUUAACUCGACACAAACGUAUUCAUACAGGGGAGAAACCAUAUUAUUGUGAUAUCUGUGGUAAAUCAUUCUCUCAAAUCAGCAGCUUAACGAAUCACAAACGCAUUCAUACAGGAGAGAAACCAUAUUCCUGUGAUAUCUGUGGUAAAUUAUUCUCUCAUAACAGUAGGUUGACUCAACACACACGUAUCCAUACAGGGGAGAAGCCAUAUCACUGUGAUAUCUGUGGUAAAUCAUUCCAUCAAGGAAGUAAUUUAACUACUCACAGACAGGUUCAUGGAGGGGAGAAACCAUAUCACUGUGAUAUCUGUGGUAAAUCAUUCUCUUAUAGCAGUAGCUUCACUAGUCACAAACGUAUUCAUACAGGUGAGAAACCAUAUCACAGUGAUAUCUGUGGAAGAAAACAAUAUUUGGAAGCUGUCGUUUUGUUCAUGUAA